AUGGGAACAAGAUGGACUUGCCCUGGAACUUCCCUACUUGUGCUCUUCUGUUAUGGGCAGCUCUUGCCAUGGCUCAGGACCGAGGGUGAUCAGAACUCAGACAAGCUCUACAAUGAGACCGUGGCAAAGGCCUUCCUGCAGUUUUAUGAGCAUACAGCCCAAGUUGUGUGGAACCAGUUCAUGGAGGCCACCUGGAACUAUGUCACCAAUAUCACCAAGAAAAAUCGCGAGGAGAUGCUGGACAAGGACGUGGAGAGGCCGCAGCACACGCUGUACUUUGGCACGUGGGCCCUCCUGUUUAAGAUCGCCAACUUCCAGGACCCACCCGUGAAGCGUGCGCUGAGUAAGCUGCAGAACUUCGACAGGGUGGCCCUGCCCAAGGAGGAGCUCCGGGAGUACAGCCAGAUUGUGGCCCACAUGGAGAUCACGUACAGCAUGGCCCAGGUGUGCCUGAAUGAGGGGCCCUGCCUGCCCCUGGAGCCUGGGGAGCACCCGAGCCUCCAAGAAGUCACAGCCACCUCCCGGGACCAGAAGGAGCUGCUGUGGGCCUGGCAGGGCUGGCGGGAUGCUAUGGGUCGCCAGCUCCGCAGCGCCUUUGAGUGCUACGUGCAGCUCAGCAACAAGGCUGCGAAGCUCAAUGGUUACAAAGACACGGGGGCCUUAUGGCGGUCCACGUACGAGUCCGACGCACUGGAAGAAGACCUGGAGCAGCUCUUCCAGGAGCUGCAGCCGCUCUACCUGAACCUGCACGCCUACGUGCGCCGGGCCCUGUAUUGCUUCUACGGGCCCGAGCUCAUCGAUCCGAGGGGGCUCCCUGCCCAUGUUCUGGGCAACGUGUGGGCUCAGUCCUGGGUCAACAUCUUAGACCCGGUCCUGCCCUUCCCGGAGAAGCCCCCCGAGGACAUCACGAAGAUCAUGCGAGCCCAGCAGUCGAAGUCGGAGAAAAUGUUCCAAGAGGCUGAAAAAUUCGUCACCUCCCCAGGGCUGCUUUCCACCCCUCCUGGGUUCUGGAAAAAUUCCAAGAUGGAAAGGCCAACGGACGGGCGAGAGGUGGAGUGCCACGCAUCCGCCUGGGACUUCUACAACGGGAAGGACUUCAGGAGCUCAAAGUGCACCGAAGUGACCAUAGAAGACCUGCUCUCCAUCUUCCACCAGAUGGGCCGUAUCCAGUACUUCCUGCAGUACAAGAACCCCUCUGUGAUCUUCCGCGCAGGCGCCAACCCAGCCUUUGCAGAGGCCGUGGGGUCAGCGAUCACCCUCUCGGCCUCCUCCCAUAAGCACCUGCUCAGCAGAGGCCUGCUCAGCCACCAGCACCAGGACGAAGAGGAGGAGGUCAGUUUCCUGAUGAACGUUGCCCUGGAGAAGGUCGCCUUCAUCCCCUUCGCCUACCUGGUGGACCUGUUUCGCUGGAAGGUCUUUGACGGCACCAUCGAGAAGGCCGUGUACGACCAGGAGUGGUGGAACCUCAGGUUGAAGUACCAGGGCCUGUGCCCCCCUGUCCCUCGGACAGAGGAUGACUUUGAUCCGGGCGCCGAGUUCCACAUCUCUGCCAGCUUGCCCUACAUUCGGUACUUCCUCAGCCUCCUGCUGCAGUUCCAGUUCCACAAAGCACUCUGCAAGGCCUCAGGCCACGUGGGGCUGCUGCACCGAUGUGACAUCUGUAACUCCAAGCCGGCUGGGAAGCUCCUGGAGGAUGUCCUAAAGCUGGGCUCGAGCAAGCCCUGGCCAGAGGUCCUGCAGAAGAUAACCGGGGAGACCAAGGUGUCUACAAAGGCCCUCAUGACCUACUUCAAGCCCCUGCUGAACUGGCUGGUCACCGAGAAUGUGCGGCGUGGGGAGAUCCUGGGCUGGCCACACUUCAGCUGUUCCUUUGAAGAGAAAGAAACAGACAGGGUGGCAUUCCUGGGUCUGGAGCUGGACCCUGCCCAGGCCAAAUCUGGGCAGUGGGUGUUGCUGGCCCUGAGCUUUGUCAUGUUACUGGUGGUCCUGCUGCUGGUCUACAGGCUGUACAUCCUGGAAAAAAGCUCACUGGCCCAAGACACCAGUGCGCGGGACACCAGUACACAGGACAUCAGUGCACAGGACGCCAGUGCACUCAAGUCACCACCCAAGGCCUACUUUCUAGGCAUAGCCAUGGAGCCCCACCAAGCUGUCAAAAAACAGUGGCUGCUGCUGGGCCUCUGCCUCAUCCUGAUGCUGUGCUCAAUCGGCCCGACCAUUAGGAUUUUCACACAGCACAACAGGAAGCCUCCGUGGAUGAGAGCUGAAUGGUGGAGCUGGGACUAG